CUCGUCCAGAAGGAGAUUAGGAGAGAGGACAUGCUUGUGGUAUAAGAAGACUUUAGGUUGCUGUGGAUAAUGUUUAUGUUUUACUUAUUUUGCCAGAAAGAUUAUGAAUGCUGGGUGGACGAAUGAAUGGACUUCUAGGCUUCUAGCGAUCGGCCGCAGGAGACUGGAACCACCACUCCCUGUGUAGGGCAACAUCAAGGUUUUCGUCUUCUUCGACGCUGGACCUGGUGCGGUGUGUUCGGAUUCGGAACAACAAAAAGCGACAAUAAAACGGAAAAAUGCCGCGUGAAUCAAGCGCGCAUCGCGCUACGUCUAAGCGGAUCAACGCACUGUAUGCGGUUCGCUGGCUGUACUCCCGCACGGGGCUAAAAAUCUUCUUCCUCGUUCACCUGGCUGUCCGCCUGUUUGCGCGAAAAACGGAGGAGAAACGCACGAGCACGGAACAACACCAAAUUACGACGAACCAGUUGGAGAUGAAGACCGAACAAACUACAGAGGAAAUGCGCCGCACCGGGGCUUCAAGACAGGAAAGCAAGACUGGAGCGGGGCUGCGGAAGCGGAAAAGAAGAUUGGUCGUGCGAAAGCGAAAAAGAAAAAAAGCAGCCGAUGACGAUGCCGAUGAUGCUCUUGACUUUAUGCAGCAUUUGGCGCAUUUGCAUGAUAUGUCGCUGCACCCUCACGACGAAUAUCUCGACCCCGACCUCGGGAAUCGUGAUGACGAC